AUGCAUGGGUAUAUGGGUGCUUAUGCAGCAUUUGGGCAAACAGAGGUGAGAAGCAGCCGAGAGAAUCAUCAGGAGAGACACGUUGGAAAUUGCAAUUCGCACAUACCUGAAAUUAACUCAAUGUUCGAUUCUCUGAUAAAAGUUUGUACUCUCUUUCACCGUCAUUUAUUCAUUCCCACUCAUUUUUCUUUCCACUUCAUUUAUUCAUUUCCACUCAUUUCUCUUUCCCCUCCAUUUAUUCUUUCCACCUCAUUUUUCUUUCCACUACAUUUAUUCUUUCCCACUCAUUUUUCUUUCCCAUUCAUAUUUCUUUCCCUCUCAUUUUUCUUACACUUCAUUUAUUCUAUCACCCUCAUUUUUCUUUCCGCUUUAUUCCCCCCCCUCAUUUUACUUUCUGCUUCAUUUUCCCCCCUCAUUUUUCUUUCCCACUCAUUUUUCUUUCCCCUCAUUUUCUAUCCACUUCAUUUAUUCUUUCCCCCUCAUUUUUCUUUCCCCCUCAUUUUUCUAUACACUUCAUUUAUUCUUUCCCCAUCAUUUUUCUUUCCCACUCAUUUUUCUAUCCACUUCAUUUAUUCUUUCCCCCUCAUUAUUCUAUCCACUUCAUUUAUACUUUCCCACUCAUUUUUCUUUCCCCUACAUUUUUCUUUCCCUCUCAUUUUUAUUACAUCUUCAUUUUUUCUUUCCCCCUCAUUUUUUUUUCCACUUCAUUUAUUUUUUCCCCUCAUUUUUCCAUCCACUUCAUUUAUUCUUUCCCUAACAUUAUUCUUUCCACUUCAUUUAUUCUUUCCAACUCAUUUUUCUUUCCACUUCAUUUAUUCUUUCCCACUCAUUUUUCUUUCCCCUUCAUUUUUCUUUCCACCUCAUUUUUCUUACACUUCAUUUAAUCUUUUCCCCUCCUUUUUUUCCGCUUCAUUUCCCCCCCUCAUUUUUCUUUUCCUUUCAUUUUUUUUUUCCACUUCAUUUAUUCUUUCCCCUUAA